AUGGCUACUCCUAAACAUGAUGUUGGUGUUCAAGAAGCACAUGAUCAUAUUGACUAUUCUCAAAGAUCCCAAUGGCUCAGAGCAGCCGUUUUGGGAGCGAAUGAUGGUUUGAUCACUGUCGCAUCGUUGAUGAUGGGUGUCGGGGCAGUAAAAGAAGAUGUCAAAGCCAUGUUCCUCAUUGGUUUCGCAGGGUUGAUUGCGGGGGCAUGUAGCAUGGCAAUCGGAGAAUUUGUCUCUGUUUACUCUCAAUUGGACAUUGAGGUUUCCCAAAUGAAAAGAGACAAAUUAUCGAUGAGAGAAAUGAGCGAAGUUGUGACUAUGGAGAAAGAUGAGAAGUUGCCUAAUCCGGUGCAAGCAGCCCUAGCAUCGGCCCUUGCAUUCUCUCUAGGGGCAAUUGUUCCACUCCUAGCGGCUGCUUUUAUUGGGAGCUAUAAAGUGCGGUUGGUGGUGGUGUCUGCGGCUGUGAGCUUAGCCCUAGUGAUCUUUGGUAUUGUUGGGGCGGUGUUAGGGGGAUCUUCACCGGCGAAUUCAUGUGUUAGAGGUCUAUUUGGUGGUUGGAUGGCAAUGGGGAUUACUUUUGGGCUAACUAAGUUGAUUGGCUCCAAAGGACUAGCAAUGUGAUGUGUUGUACUUUCCUUUGUUUUGUGUUUUCCUUGCUUUGUUCUAUGUAAUAAAAGUUGUCCAUGUGACAAUUUGCUUAAUAAAAUCAAGAUUUGUCUCUUUU